AUUUCUACAGCUUAAAUAAAAGAUAGAACACAGUCUAUUGAGGCCUAAAUUGGACUACAAGUAGCGUAGUCCUUAACUUGGCAUCGUUUGCCAAAGAUUAAUUGAUUAAUACAUGAAAAAACAGUGUAUGCUCUGUAGUAGGAUGAACAAGUAUUGUAGAGGUAUUCGUAUGUCAAUAUUAAGAUCUCACGUCUCGUUCAGUACCUCGUUCGUGGUACGAUUACAAAUCGAAUACAAUACAUAGAUAUUUGACAGAUUCCUGUCAUAGCAUAGUCGACAACGUCAUGUGUGACAGAAACGUAUUUAAAUUGUUUAACGUGUUUAAAUAAUUUAGUAUUAUUUAUAUAAUUUUUCUAUUAUAAGUAGAAUAUUCAUAAUCAACAUACGCAUAAUCAACUGAAAUAUAAUGGCUGAUGAACAUGGGACUCAUAAUGAAGAGAAAGAGAAACAAGAUGAGCAACCUAAUCAAGAUGACAAAAUUCUUCAAAGUGAAGAAACUGAACAGGGAGAAUAUGAAAGUACAGUUGAAGAAUCAAAGAAAAGGGAAUAUUCUGCGUUAGCAGACGAUGCCAUGUAUGAUGACGAUUAUUCCGAAGUUGAAGAUUAUGGAUACAUGCCUAAAUAUGAAAAGGACUGGUCGGAAGCAGUAAAGUCUAUUUCUAGCGAAACCAUAGAUUGGGAGAAGGAAGCAAAGGAAACAGUACGCUUGGACAUAAGUACAUUAAAAGAAAGACGAAGAACGAUUUUCGAUUUAGAUUCUUAUUCCGCUUCCGGUCCAUCAACCAGCGAUCUUCUACGUCUUGCUUCGGUGGAUUAUGUACCCGAACCACCGAAAGAAAUUCGCUAUUCUGUUUCACUAGGCGCACCAGGUAUAGCAAGAAUCAACUUGUCGCCUCUAACGCAAAAGGUAGUUGGUUGUGUCAUAGGAGAAAACGUUAGCACCGAGUAUCCUUGGGUAUACGUUCGGAAAGAGAUCAUUGAAGACAAUAUAGAUCUCCACGAAGACAGUAGCGAUUUCCUGCCAAUAAAAAACGAGAUUCGAAUGUUUCCGAAUUCGAAGAUACUAAUCGGUUAUGUUCCAUCGUUAACCGAAGAAGGUCAGUUUUAUAUAUGCUUGACGGAGGAAGGUCGAGAUGCUGUGGUCGAACAAAUUCAGAAACAAAGAGAGGAACAUGAAAAUCGUGUGAGGACCGCCGUCUAUAAACCGUUAGGGAAAUGGCAGGAAUUUAACAGCAGUGUAGAGAUCGAGGCGUCCAUCGUUAAGAAUACUAGACCGCUGUUAGAGAUCGAGGUAAUAGGAACAGCAGAUAUAUUCAAUGCAUCAUUUCAAUUCGAAGACAGAAAAGUAGACGACGUUAGAGAUGGAUACAUCGAACUUCUCCCUUACCGUCAAAUCUUUGAAAAUAUUCCACGUAAACUGUUAAACAAUAUGACUCAGGUUACUCCGGAUGUUCGAGAUGUGGAAACUCAAACGGCUCUUUCGGUACUUACAAAUUGUUGGGUUCAGUACAAAUAUGAAUAUAAGUCUCCGGAUAUAUCGAAAUUUACGCCAGAUAAAGUAGAAUCUUUGAGGAGCUUCCUUCGUCGUUUCAGCGACUAUGUGUGCGAUCAAUUGUUGUUAAAUGCUACUUGGGACAUUUACACGAACGAUUAUGGCAAUUUAGUGAGGAACAUAAGAGAUACACAGUGGCCGAUACCUGUAAGCUAUGAGGAACACUUAAGCUUUCAUGAUGAACAGCAUGUGGCUAGUAAAGUCAUCAAUGAUCUUUGCUGGCAUCCAUUAUGGACUGGUAUAGCGUUUGCUGCCUAUACGAGCUACUCAAAGAGUCAAUAUCUAAUUGGACCUAAAUCGAACGAAGAGGUAGUUAAGGCUUGCGACAAUAAUUUUGUUCUCGUAUGGUCGUUCAACGAUCGUUUGACACCAAAAUUGGUUCUUGAAUGUCCAAGGGAAGUGACAUCCGUAGCUGUGAGUCCACUAGAUGGAAAUCUGAUCGUAGGUGGUUGCGCAAAUGGGCAGAUCGUACUAUGGCACAUCCCAGGUAAAAUCGAGAAAGUGGAAGCGGUAAUUGUGUAUACAGCUGCUCAAAUCAAGCAUAGAAUCGCGAUAAAGACUUUGACCGUGUGGAUGCAGGAAGUAAUUGGAACGUCCGUAAUCAGACCUACUGCAAUAUCCUCGUUAAAAGAGAGCCAGAAGGCGGCUGUGACUCAGAUUAUAUGGAUUGCUCCGUACGAUCAGCUUGAUUCCAGUGGCAGAAUUACAUCGUUGCCAGAAGACACUAGUGUCAAUGAUUUAUCCUCGCAAUUUGUAACUGCAAGCGAGGAUGGUACGAUCGCUUUCUGGAACUUGAAGUUAGAUGAAAAAUGGCAGAUGUAUAAGAAGGAGAAAAAAGAGAAAAAGAAAGGUACCGUAAUAAGACCAGAAGCAUUGGCAAAGUCGAUAUCUCCGUUUAAAGUACUGGACCGUAUUUUCAAGCCCUAUUAUGUCUUGACAAUCCAACAUCCAAAUGAAAGUCGAAAUGUAGUAAUAACUACUAUGAGCAUGUAUGCACCGAAAUUUAUGAAAAAACGCACUGACGUUGUUCCAUCAACACAUGAUGUAACUAUACGGAGGUAUUUUGAAAAUGUUAUCAAGAAACCAGAUUAUGUGAUGAAACCGAUGAUACAUGUCGGUACUGUAGAAGGUGAUUUUGGUUGCAUCACGUGGGAAGGAUACGAUUUCACAACAGAUUUAAAUAUUAAUACAGAAAUAUGUGGAUGGUGUUGGUUUAAAAGAAUACACGAUGGUCCUAUAACACAUUCUGUUAGAUCUAAGGUAAAUAGAUCGUGGCUUGCAACCGUAGGUGGCAAAAUAUUCGCUAUUUGGAAGGAGGAUAUUGGUAUACCGUUAUUUUGGAAGAAAUCACAAGUUAGCCUCACUGCUAUUUCUUGGGGUAGCUAUCGCCCCACGAUAGUAAUUCUAACACGAUUAGAUGGUACCGUCGAAUUAUGGGAUUUCAUGGUGAAAACAGAAGAACCAUGCGUCAUGCAGAGUCUGUCAGGUCGCAUAAUUACGGGGAUAUACACACACGAAUUAUAUUUGACUCCACAAUGCGUAGGAUUUUGCGAUUUCAAUGGUAUCUUAAGGAUGUUUCUCGCUCCCGAUGUUUUUCUCAAGAGCGACACUGCUUGUGUAGAAUGGAUGAGUAAUUUUAUCGAACGCCAAGUUAAAAGGGUAAAGAGCUGUAGAGAAUGGUUAGAGAGAUGGACACAAACGGCUUAUAAGGAAAUCGAAGAAAAACAAAGAAAAGCAGAGAGGAAGAAGCAAGAGGAAGAAGAGAAAGCAGUCACCUCUAAAACAAUGGAAGCUGAACCUUUAGUAGAGCCUCUAAAAAAAAGCUUAAGAACAUGGGAAGUGAUUGAAGAAUCACGCGAAAGAUGGAAAACAAGGGAGUUGAAGCACAUGCAGCAAGUGCUUCUGGAGAAGAAAGGUUUAAAGAAAGACGACCUCGAAAGACAGCGUGAACCUAUUCUAAGAUUACGGCAGGAUGCAGAAAGGAAGAAGAAAAAAUUACGGCAGACAUUAAAAAUGCAAGAAAGUAUUUUUGAGCACACCAAAAACCUUUUCUUCCCCAAACAUCAGCCAGAGACCAAACGAAUUUCCGUGGCGCCAGUGCCAGGAAAAAUCGAUAAACCAAUUACUGUGGAGGACACUAUACUCGAAGAGGAAAUGAUGGAAAUGCAACGAAUUGACCCGAAUGAAGAGAUCAUUUACCAUUUUAUGGAAACGCAGGCUAAAGUGUUAGCUGAUUUACAGAAGCAUCCGUUUCAGCAUUCGUUUAAUUGGGAGAAUAUUCUAAGAAAGAAGAAAACGAUACGCGUCACGAUGGAUACCGAGUUGAAAAAAUUGAACAAAUCGAAGAAAAGAUUCAGUAUAAUCAUAUAAAUGAUAUCUACAAUAAAACAUUAAUUUAACUAUGUAACUAUGACUUAUCAUGAAAAUAUA